ACGACCUUCACCCUCGUCCAUUUCUCCCUCUUCUCUCCGCGCCAGUGCCCCCGAAUCCUAAUCGCUCCACUCGUGGCGCCCCCCGCGUUUCUCCUCUUCGCCGCAAACCCCGCGACCUCCAGCAGCCCGCCCGCGCGGGCCCGAUCCUGCCUGGCGGCUCCCGCCGCAACCUCCUCAGCCUUCCCGCUCUCCCGGGGCUCGCGCCACUACACCCUCGGGUGUCUCCCCUCGAGCUUCCCGGUUCCCUCUUCUUCCCACCCCCUCGGAGCCCCCUCCCCCGCCUUGGCCGGCCGGCAUGCAGGUGUCUAUCGCAUGUACUGAGCAGAACCUUCGCAGCCGGAGCAGUGAGGACCGUCUGUGUGGACCCCGGCCGGGCCCCGGGGGCGGUAACGGUGGGCCGGUCGGCGCGGGGCAUGGGAACCCUCCAGGGGGAGGAGGGUCGGGCCCUAAGGCCCGGGCCGCCUUGGUCCCCCGACCCCCAGCGCCUGCUGGGGCCCUCCGAGAGAGCACCGGCCGAGGCACUGGCAUGAAAUACAGGAACCUAGGAAAGUCUGGUCUUCGGGUAUCCUGCCUUGGCCUAGGUACCUGGGUCACAUUUGGUUCUCAGAUCUCAGAUGAGACAGCAGAGGAUGUGCUGACAGUAGCCUAUGAGCACGGUGUAAACCUGUUUGAUACCGCCGAAGUGUAUGCAGCAGGAAAGGCUGAAAGAACCCUAGGAAACAUCCUCAAGAGCAAAGGUUGGAGGAGAUCAAGCUAUGUCAUCACUACCAAGAUUUUUUGGGGAGGACAGGCAGAAACCGAGCGAGGCUUGAGCCGCAAACACAUCAUUGAAGGCUUGCGAGGAUCCCUGGAGCGCCUCCAGCUGGGAUAUGUGGACAUCGUCUUUGCCAAUCGUUUGGAUCCCAACAGUCCCAUGGAGGAGAUUGUGCGAGCCAUGACCUACGUCAUCAACCAGGGCCUGGCCCUAUACUGGGGGACAUCCCGAUGGGGGGCUGCGGAAAUCAUGGAGGCCUACUCCAUGGCCAGACAGUUCAAUCUGAUCCCUCCAGUGUGUGAACAAGCUGAGCACCAUCUGUUUCAGAGAGAGAAGGUGGAGAUGCAGCUGCCAGAGCUCUACCACAAGAUUGGUUCGCAGUCCCCUCAUCCCUGCCUUUCCCUCGGCCUCACCAUCACUGAGAUCCCCUUCCCACAUCCGGUCCUCUCCGUCUUAGGUGUUGGCUCAGUCACCUGGUCCCCUGUGGCCUGUGGCCUCAUGACUAGCAAGUAUGAUGGGCGAGUCCCAGAUACCUGCAGGGUCACCAUCAAGGGCUACCAGUGGCACAAAGACAAAGUGCAAAGUGAGGAUGGCAAGAAACAACAAGCCAAAGUCAUGGACCUUCUCCCCAUCGCUCACCAGCUGGGCUGCACUGUGGCGCAGCUUGCUAUUGCGUGGUGUCUCCGCAGUGAGGGGGUCAGCUCGGUCUUGCUGGGGGUGUCCAGUGCGGAGCAGCUGGUGGAGCACCUGGGCGCCCUGCAGGUGCUGAGUCAGCUGACCCCGCAGACGGUGAUGGCGAUAGACGGACUCCUAGGCAACAAGCCGCAUCCCAAGAAGUAGUCCACCAGGGACGCAGGAACCCAAACCCUGAGCCGCUGCAUCCCCCAGAAACACGUCCCCGCCUCUGCCUCCCUCCCGCUCCGGAUCCCUCCACGCAGCGGCCAAGACAGGGCGGCCCCGCCCACUAACGAGUUCCAGCUUCGAGUAGCGAGAGCAUGAACAAAGCCAUAUCCUCCCGCAGUGGGGCUUGAGAGGGAAAGUAGUCCGCCGCCCCCUGCUACCUCCACCUAGGCCUUCCUGCUAAUUCUGGGCAUGAGCUACUGGGCCGUCCCCUCUCUGCGACUUGGUCUCGCUCCUUCUCUCUUCCCCUAAUCGCCGAGGUCCAGAGAAAAACAAAAAGGCAUAUACAAGACCCAUUGCAGAGUACCUCGAAAGUGGCCCUUGAAAUGUCAUCAAGGAGUUGAGAGUUCUAAUAAGAAGUGAGGUGUAGUGUCACCUGGAAAAACGGAAAUGGGACUCUUAAAUUCGUUACAAAGGAAGCCAGGCUGGUCCUGGCAGGAAGUAAAUGAUGACUUUUGGGAAACCGGGACCCUGCCUCAGCCAGGAGGUGAAGAAAAGUGUAAAACUAGAGUUCAUAUUGAUGCUUUGUUCUUGGGGAGAAGGGUAGAGUGGGGAGUGCAGUAGGAAAGCACCGGUGAGGGAAAUUUGAUGGCCAGUGUAUACAGUGUCCUGGUGGAAGUGGCCAGGGAAGACCUUGGAAAGCACACUGGGCCUCACUUCGCAGAAAACAGUGACAGCCUUUACGUCCCGGCAGGGAAAUGGGGCCAACAUAAAAGGUCUGGGGAUAAACCUUUGAGCCUUGAGCAGGACUUCCUACCUGGCAGGGAAGGACUGUGUCUUCCUCCUGGCAAUAACCUUAAAGCAAUAAUGAUGGCCCCUCUUGUGCAAGACUUCCCAGGGAACUGUAAAUAAAA